AAAACAAAAAUUAAAUAAAUAAAUAAAAAUCUAAAUAUUACAGCUUACCCUUGAUCUCUCCACAUCUAUAAAUUUUAACAUGCAUAACCAAGAUGAACAGUGAGAUACAACUAAUUAUAAGAGGAGAAACACAUAUAUGGAGGGUUCAUGUGAGUAUGCAAGAGAGUCCAAGGAUGUAUCCCUUCAAGAACUUAGAGAUAGAGUUGCAGAGUUUGCUGAAGUUAGAGGAUGGGAGCAAUAUCACAGUCCUAGAAAUCUCCUUUUGGCACUUGUAGGAGAGGUGGGAGAGCUAUCAGAGAUAUUCCAAUGGAAAGGAGAGGUUGCAAAAGGGCUACCAAAUUGGAGUUCUGCUGAUAAGGAGCAUCUGGAGGAAGAGCUUUCUGAUGUUUUGCUCUAUCUUAUUCGUCUUGCUGAUGUAUGUGGGCUUGAUCUUGGCCAGGCUGCAAUGACAAAGAUUGUUAAAAAUGCUAGGAAGUACCCAGUUGAUGAUCAAUCAUCAACUUGAUCCACCUAUUACAAGUACAACUAUGAAUUGAAUUGAAUUGUUUUGCAGCCUCCUUGUAGACAACAAGUUCUUUUCAUUCCCUGUCCUGAUGUUUUGUAAUUCUAAUCAAGAUUUAGUUGAGUUCUGCUA